AUGGACGACAGAACGAGGCUGAAAUAUGCGAUCGUACGUCUUCCUGAAUCGAACGUCGUCGACUUCUUUUCGCUCAUCGUAAGUUUCCCGAGAUGUUUUUGCUGCUCCUCUAAUCCGAAAACUGAACCCGCAUUGUGAGUUUAUUGACCUAGGACCCAGCCACUAGAUCAGCAGCGACGAUAGGAGAAAACAGACGCGUCAGACGAGUUUGAACCUCCAUGGCCACCCGCACGGAAAUCAUCGUGUGAUUGUAUAUACAACACGAUGAUGGGUGGCCGUGGCAGAAAGAAAAAAAGGCGCUUCCCAUCUGUCUCUGUUCUGUGCGGAUAAACACAUGGGUGGAAUGGCCGACGGAACGUUUGUGACAAGUCUCUGAUCACUUUCCAAGGGACCUUUUGUUGGCUCUACUCACAAGAAAGCGCAAAAACAAAUAGGGUUGGCACGAAAUUACCUUGUGAAAGUGGAUUCAAUGUUCGAGCUAUGAGUAUAAUGCUUGCCGAGUGGAUAUCGAUCGAUGUUUCAAAUUUAUUAUGGUUCGCGCGAGCUUGUCACAAAAGUUUGGGGAUUACAGAACGCUUUCUUUUUUCUUCAUACACUGCCUUGCUUACCGUGCCAAGGCAUACCCUUUUUUCUUGUUUUUCCUUCCACAAUUCACUAUAUCUUCGAAUUUGAAAAUGAUGCACAUGAAAAUGUGUCUUUUUCUCGAGAAAAUCAUCAAACUAGGAAUGAACUGAAAAGCUAAAGAAACGGCGGCAACCGUUAAGCUUAAAGAGUUGUGGAAAACCUUUGAAAUAAUAUUUUUCAUAAAAAUGUACGAAUUCCGAAGCGAUCACCGCUAUAAUUUUUUUCUUUUUCUUUCCAACCUACCGACUUCAAACUUCGUCAUUGAUAUUUCAAAAAAAUUUAUAUCUACAAAACUUUCUUUAAUAUGAAAUCUUUUAUCUUCGUCUGGAAGCUAGUCUUUAUAGUUAUUUUCAUGCGAAUAAAAAAAAAGGUCAAGGAUAAGUCAAAAUUAAUGAAUUAAUUUUUAUUCGUUAAAACAAAAAUUGUGAAACACCUGCAAAUUGCAAAAAAUGGUUUUAUUUCCAGAGAACUAAUUUUCUGAACUCUAAAUUUGAUCAAUGAAAUGAGAAACUCGAAAAAUAAGAAAUUUUGCAAGCUGAGACUCCUAGGAGCUAUUUCUAGCUCAUUAGAUUUUCAGGAGAAUUUCCAGAAAAUCCCAGAAAGUAAAGGGGGAAAAGUAUGUUUCAGGCUGGCAGGGGCUACUCGGACGUCUCCUUUGUCAGCAAUCUCAGUCAGGUGACGCUCAGAUCUGACCCCAACGAGUUCAGCGACUCGACCCCUUCUUCCAGCCUUCGAAACGACGAGAAGGUUUUUUUCUACUUUUCAUUUUUCAUUUUUUUUUUAAAACUAAAACGCCACAUCCGAAGCUUGAAGUGAAAAAUAGCAUAAAAAUUAACCUGAAUCCGGGAAAAGUUUAUAACAAUUCAAGAAAAUUUCUAACUCUGUUAUCUGAAAAAAAAAAAAAACUCACCUGGUCAGUUUUUUUGUGGCUCUCGGCUUUUCCUCGUUUAAUUUUUUUCAACUUUUCAUUUGGUUAAAAAUAGAUUCCUUUCUUAUCUCGUUGAUAAGAGAUUAUUAAUAAUGUGCUUAUUUUUUUGAUCUGAAAUUUUCAACUUUCUCGUUUGGGAAUGUGUUUCGUACUUUUUUUAGAAAAACCUGAAGUACGUUAAAGGUUUUUGAAUCGAGAAAUUUUUCGAAUUCAAAAAAAUUUAGUAAUUAUUCUUGCCAUUUUUUUAUUUGCGAACAAAAUUUAACACAAGAAAAGUGUAGCGACACAUCUAAAUUUUUAUACAGCUUUAGAGAAAAUGCUUUUUUUCGAGUUUUUGAAACAGUUCUAUGCAAACUAGUGUGCGAUUGCUAUUUUGCUGAGAAGUCACAGAUCUUUUUGAAAUGGAUGAAGUAACUUUAGAGGGAAAAAAAUUCCAAUUCAAAGCUUAUUUUGUUUUUCUUUUUUCCCCUCUGGCUUUAAAAAAAAAUCAAAACAUUUCGGUGUAAUUUAUUUUCGGAUUCUACAUAAAAUUUUUCCGGAAGAAAUGUUUAAAAGAAUUUUUCCGUUUUAAAAAUGAAAAUCUUUAUUGAAGCUUCUUCUGCAUGCUAUCGGUCAAAAACGAUACGUUGUCCGUUCCGAAAUAAACGGAAACUUCAGCAGUCGCCCGAAGAGGAGGCCGGCGUGAGCGUGGGUCCGAUCUCCGCAGAGACGCGACGUCCGUCGACGGCCAUCAGUCGUUCCGGAUUCCCUCUUCAGGCCGUGACGCCGCCGCGAAUAUUGUCGUCGCGGACGCCGUCGCAGCCAGCAACGCCGUCCAUCCACCCGCCGACGGUCCUCGUCGCGCCGACCAAGGAGGAGCCCCUAGAGUGCGUCGAUCCGACGGAAUCAGAAGAAAACAUUGUAAAUGUCCGUACACAUUUCAUUUCUAAACUUUUUUCUUUUGCAGACCGCGGAUUUAUUAGGUACGACUGUCCCCAAUGAGCUCAUCAGCAACUUAUUUAGCAAGGUUGUAUGUUUUUCCUUUUGAAUGCUCGGAAAUAGUCAUAUGGGGUUAUGAAAAAGAAGCUUCCUGAGAAGCAAGUUGAAAAAUUUUAGUUUAGUUUAGUACGAUUUUUCUCUAAAAAUUAUUGUAAAAAAAGUUUCAAUUUUUUCUUCCUAGUAACUUUCACAUGAAAUUUUAUGUUCGGUCGGAAUCGGAAGAGGAAAAAUGACAUUAAAAUUUCAACAAUUAUUUUUUUGAAUUAACAGUCAUUUAUAAAAAAAUACUAUUUGGCGUCGCGAGAGCACGAAUUUUUUUCUACUUUUCUAAAGUUAGUUUCAAAUCUCUUUUUUUUUAAAUAAUGCAAUCAAAAAAAUUAAUUUGUUUUUUUCAAUAUAUGGGCUCGAAAAGAGGUGAUAUGUCCUAUGUAAAUCGAAGUUUUUUUCAGCAUGGUUUCGGAUUGGGCGGCGACUGGACUCCCGAAGUCUCUUUUCAGAACAGCCACAACGACGACAACAAACACCAUCCCUACAGAAGUGUCAGUUCUGCUUUCCCACUCAGGCUUCGAAAAAAGUCAGGAGAAAAAUAAGUGAAAGAAAUGAGAAGUCCUUUAAAAACCCACUUUCUAGACUUGAACCAAAUUUUGAAAAUAAUUUUUGGGAGAAAAGGUCCAAAAGAGGACCAAAAAUUACAUUUUAUACCUCAAUUUGUGAAUUUUUAUUAUUUUUUUAUAAUCAGUUAUUAAUGGCUAGUUUAGUCUAAUUUGUUUUUUCUUUUUUUGAGGGUUUGAUUCCUGGAACAACGGUAAUUAUACUGCUAACUGUAGAAAUAUGUAAAAAUUGGCUGAAAAAUCUUUGAUGGAAUACACCAAAUGAGGAUUUUGAAAGAGACCUGCAUAGGCUCCUAGUUUUCCAAAACCAAAGUCCUAAAUGUCGCUUUCAUGGACAAAAAAAUUCAAAUUUUUGCUUUCAAAAACUAGGUCUGACUUCAGAUUUUCAAGUCCUCAGUCAGGACAUCUAAGAGAUCCGGACUAAUUUCAGGAAUUAUCCAAAGUUUUAAAUUGAAAGAGCUCUUUGUAAGAUGAGCUAGGAAUGAUCGUUUGUUUGUGUUUUAAUGGAAUUGAUUUCAGGAACAAGGUCUGCAGACGAGGAUGAAAGGAUGGCAGCGAGAAUACAUCAAAGAAGUCAUCAACAAUGGCCACUAUCCCACCGAAGAAGAGCUCAGGGACAUUGAGCGAAAGUGCGACCUCAGCCGCAAACAAGUUCGUCCAGAAAUCCUCCUUUGGAAUUUCCUGAAUAUUUGUUCAAGAUCUCUGUCAUAUUUUGGGAAUCCAAGAUGAUCGAUAUAUAUCAAAACCCUCCAUCUUCGAGAGGGGGUUUUCAAGUUUUCUUAUUCAUUAUUGAAAAAUUCACGCGUCAAAGUUGAAGAAAUUAAAAAUUCAGAAAUGUUUUUCCAAGCAUUUGUUUCAGGUAUUACGAUUCAUUGCCAAGCGAUUGGUGAAUCCCAACCGCAAGCCGCGGAUCAACCACAUAAUCGAGAAGCAGAAAGAAGUCGAAGAGCGCGAGGAACGCGAGACUCUAAAUGGCAAUCAUUCACCCGUGUAG